AUGCCACGAGGUGUUCGUAGAGAAGAUCUCAAUGCUGCCGGUGAGGGAAGCCCCACCGAAGGGAAGGUGCGUCAACGCUUUGGUCGCGACGAGGACCAUCUGCUGGCCUUGCAAGUAAGUGUUGACGCACCGUAUAACGCUCGCCAUGGCGCUAUCGGGGAGACAUGGGACGCCGUCGCUGAACGGCUGAACGAGCAUCCCGACUUCCACAUGCGCCCCAUUAAGGGCACAACAGCUAAGGCGCGUUUCGAUACAAUCGUGGCUCGCCAUAGACUGUUGAUGGAGAAGGCUAGUGUCGAAGAAUCUGAUGAAAUGAAGAGUCCGUUCCGCAGGAUAAUGAGCGAUCUGGUUCAGGAGAUCGACUCUCGUCCCAAGGGCAACACCAAACUUCCUGAACAUGAAGGUGAGGAAGACCAAGAGGAGAGAGCAACAAGGGAACCACGAAGUAGCUCCAGACUUGGCAAACGUCGAGCCAGCUCGGACGCAUUUGAAGCGGAGCCUGAGCGACGCGAAGUGCCAAGAACUACUGGCACGAAGCAGACGCGCAUUCAACCUGAGCCUCCUGUGUCCGAAGAAACAGAAGUAGAUGAAGAGCCUACUCCGUCACAGGAACCAGUGACGGUAGACUUAAUCACAGUCCAACAGGCGAUGGCCGAGCUGAUAAAAAUGCAACACGCCAUCGCGACGGCACCUAGUGACGCUCCUUUCCGUGAACUGGAAAAGAUAAACGCAACGAGAAUCCGUGAAGAGGAGGAGAAGACCAAACAGCGUGGGAUCGAGCUUCAAAUCGAGAUCCAGCGCACUAAGCGACGACAGUUGGAGCUGGAGUUUGAGCGAGAGGAACGGAAGAAGGAUCGUGAGGAACAUGCCAAGUUGAUCGCGAGUCUAGUGCAGCGUCUUGAACCAAAGAAAGAUUAA